ACCGGUCCCUUAUUCGUCGUCGAACAAAAACGCGGAAACAAAAGACAUAAUCAGUUUGUCAAAACAAAUAAGAGGGAGUUGGCAUAAAAGUGAGCGUAGUUGUAGCUGACAGCUGUCAAAGUUAACGCUUAGCUUCUCCGACCCCACCUGAAAGAUUGGCCAUGGCUUUGAAAAGAAUACAAAAGGAGUUAAAUGACUUAAGGAGGGACCCCCCAGCUUCAUGUUCAGCUGGACCUCUAGGGGAAGACUUGUUUAACUGGCAAGCCAGUAUCAUGGGACCGAGUGACAGCCCAUACUACGGAGGAGUGUUCUUCCUUUCUGUCCAUUUUCCCACUGACUAUCCCUUUAAACCACCAAAGGUUGCCUUUACAACAAAAAUCUAUCACCCAAACAUAAACAGCAACGGUAGCAUCUGUCUUGACAUCUUGAGGUCACAGUGGUCACCUGCACUUACAGUAUCAAAAGUUUUAUUAUCCAUAUGCUCUUUGCUAUGUGACCCAAAUCCAGAUGAUCCACUUGUCCCAGACAUUGCAAAAAUCUACAAAACAGACAGACAACAGUACAACAAACUAGCCAGAGAAUGGACACAGAAGUAUGCAAUGUGAAGACAAUGACACAUCCCUGAACACCUCAAAAUAUGACAGUACUGUUUCAACAGCUUCUCCACACUGGUUCUAGUUAAGGUGUUUUAUUCGCUUGGGGCACUUUCUCUACUCUGACUUUACUUGACUGUUUUUACUGUUUUAUUUUUUUCCCUUAAACUGGCAUUAUUAUUAUUAUCAUAUUAUAAUUAUUAUGAAUACUUGCAGAGAGAUGGCCUGAUUGUAUUUUUCUUUUAACAGAUUGUACAAGACUAUACUCAAUUUAUUUUUCAUCAUUUUGCAUUAAAAUAAUAAAUCAAAAAUUGAAUUGUUUCUUGACAAUA